AUUUCUAUUUUAAUGCCGCUGUUUUGUGUCUGGGGUAUGUCUCAGACACCGGGCAACGUGUUCAGUCACUCGUGGACCUCGAGGGGCCUCUAAUAACCUCGAUACAAACGUGAUUUAACCGUCGUCGUAAAAGGAAAUAUCGUACAACGUGUCAUAACUUACCCUCAUUCGAUUUCCGCUUUUUCUCUCCAUUUGUCGUGACCUUGAACUCGUUCUGGAGCCCUCGAAAGUCCGAACGAGUCAAGUAUCCUCACAUGUACACCUGAGAUCAUCCGGAAGAGUGAAAAUAUGUUAGAUUCGAGGGAAAGGGUUCUUACUGUGCUGGCUGCAGUUGGAACUGUAGUUGCAGUCGGAGUAGCUGUUCAAUACUUUCUAACAUGGAAGAAGAACAAGAGAAGGAAGUCACCAGUUCUACUAGAGAACCCAUUAGCUAAAUACAAUCUCCCUCUGAUCGAGAAAGAAGUCAUCAGUCAUGACACUAGGAGGUUCAGGCUGGGCUUGCCAACGGCGGAGCAUGUGCUUGGGCUCCCAACAGGUCAACACAUUCAUCUCACUGCUGAUAUUAAUGGGGAGCUUGUCAUCAGGGCUUACACACCAGUCAGCAGUGACGAUGAUCAUGGUUUCGUUGACCUAGUUGUCAAGGUCUAUUUCAAAAAUGUUCACCCGAAAUUCCCAGAAGGUGGUAAACUAUCGCAGCACCUUGAAUCUAUGAAGAUUGGAGACACCAUUGCAGUUAAAGGACCUUCAGGUCGCUUGGUUUAUAAAGGCAGGGGAUGUUUCAGCAUACGGAUGUUGAGAAAGGAACCUCCCGUUGAGCAUCACGUUAAAAAAGCUGUUAUGAUAGCUGGAGGAACCGGUAUAACCCCGAUGCUCCAACUCAUCCGUCAGAUCACUAAAGAUCCAGAGGAUUACACUCAAGUGUCCCUUCUCUUCGCCAAUCAAACCGAAAAGGAUAUUCUUCUCCGAGAGGAGUUAGAAGAACUUGCGAAAAAGCAUGCAGACCAGUUUAAAUUGUGGUUUACUCUAGACACGAGUGGAGAAGGCUGGAAAUACUCAACUGGACAUGUGAAUGCAGACAUGAUUAAGGAACACAUGUUCCCACCCGCGCCUGAUACGAUUGUUCUCAUGUGUGGACCACCCCCCAUGAUCAACUUCGCCUGCACACCGAAUCUGGAUAAAUUAGGAUACGACACGAAACUCAGAUUCGCUUAUUAGUCCUCAAUAUUCGAGGCAUUUGCAGUCAUUGUUGACACAUUGACAUGUUUUUUUAACUUCUGAAUUAAAAAUACCUCCACAUUUUACUUUAACAAAUGGUUUUUUUUUUAUUUAUACUUUCGACGCUUUCCAGGAUCCAUUGGAAAAUCAACGUCUCUUUUGUCUCUUUAUCUCUGAUGAAAUUAAUUUUUCCACAGUCCAAUAAUGUAGUUUAAAGACAAGGUCUGAAAUUAUCUUGUAAAUAAAUAGACAAUAACGUACUA